AGAGCUUGCGAGUCAUCCUCUUACAGGGCCACACCUCCCUACAUGUAUACCACACCUCAUUCCCUGGCUCGCUCGAAGUUGGCGCGGAUACAGCGUGCAGCAGCGAGGCUCACGCAGACACUGAAAGAACCGCGCGGUUGCACGCAAUCAGGUCUCCGGUCUCUCCUUUCGUCGGUCUGAGCAGUCGGCCAGACAACUCGUAGAGCGCACUGCAGCUUCGCACCCACCUUGUCUGUCGCAGCGAAGCCGAUCAUGCCGGCUGACUCGGGGUCCUCGACUCCCACGUGGAGCGCCAGCGCCGCACUCACACCAGCCUCGAGACUCGGCCGAUCUGUGUCUCACACCGAUCAGGUUAGGUCGAGCAGCAAAGGUUCACAAGCCAGCGUACGACGACCCUUAGCCCUGCCUGUCAACGUCGAUACCACAGGAGCGAUGAUCAUGGCUACGCCUUCUUACGAUGCCGACCUCCCAGAAGGUUCCUCCUCGGGGCAGUCGCACCGAGCGACGCACGCGGACAGGCCGAAUCUAGGAGUGCGGACUGAGCUCCCUAGAGGGGCGAGUGGUGCGGGUGAAGAUGUUGGAGAUGAGCAGCGUGGAGAGAGCUCAGUGGGAAGUCGUGAAAAGGAUGGCAUCGAGAUCUAUCUGCCUAACCAUACUGAAAGCGUCAGCCAUAUCGCUCUAGAUAUUGGUGGCUCCCUGGCCAAGGUGGUCUACUUUACCCAUUCUCGUCCACCGGUCUCCACGUCAGGUGAAGCGUCCACCAGUCCUUCAUCUAGUAUCGAUGACGCCAUUCCAAGGUGCUCGCCUUCAAUCUCUACCUCUGCGUCCGGGCUCUUCUCAAAGAACAGUUUGCCAGGCCUGCACUCCGUGGAGCACGCGUCAGGAAAGGGGCACUCGCAACAGGUCGCCUACACCGCUGAUGGGACACAAGCGGUCCCGUCUGGCACUCUGACGCCAACUUCCAUAUCUCGUGUCCCUAGCGCGUCCGAGUUGCGUCCGGACAAGAAGGCAGAUGAUGGCCAAGAGGAUAAUAGAAGUGGAGCGAGCAGUUCCGCUACUGAUGCCGGUCGCGAAAGUCAGCGCGAGGGUAGGGGCCCAAGUCUUGCUAGAGGACGUGGUGGUGGUGGAAGCAUUCGGUCCAGCCUAUUCCGUCGACGCUCAUUGCCCUCCUCCUUACCGGGCGGGAGACUGAAUUUUAUCAAAUUCGAGACGUCCGACGUCGACUCGUUGUUCUUGUUUCUCUCUACACUCAUCUCCUCGAGCGCAACAGCCAAUGGCGUCUCCUUAUCUUCCAUGCGCAAGUCGGUCAAGCUUUCUGCGACCGGCGGCGGCGCUCACCGAUUCCACGAGAGGCUGGAGAAGGAACUCGGCGUGGAGGUACGCAGAGAAGAUGAGAUGAGAGCACUCAUCACGGGACUCAACUUUGCCACGCUCAUUCCCGAUGAGGUCUUCAGCUACUCGGACGAGUUGGUUAGCGUUCUUCACAGCCCCUUGCCUCGCUUUUCUAGCAGGUACAGAGGCAGCGCGCUAAUAGGGACAGCGCCGAACGAUGAAGAACAGGCGGACACAGCAAUGUCUGCUUCCUUCUCCUCCAUCUCUUCCGCGUCCUCUUCGCCCUCGCCGCCGACCAACGAGACCCGAAAACCACAACAAGCACUUCCACGUCCCUCGCCAGACCCUCCUCUGUACGCCCCCGUCUACGAUUCGGAUCCCUCACCAAAGUUGCCUUGCCUUUUGGUCAAUAUCGGCAGCGGAGUCAGCAUCAUCAAGGUGGACGAUUUUGGCAAGUAUGAGAGAGUGAGCGGAACGUCUUUGGGAGGCGGAACGCUUUGGGGACUGCUCAGCCUCUUGACGGAUGCCGAGAAUUUCGAUGAGAUGCUCGAGCUUUCGACACGAGGCGACAACAGCACGGUCGAUAUGAUGGUUGGAGAUAUCUACGGCUCUUCAGAUGCACUCUCUUCGCUAGGUCUUAAGUCCAGCACUAUCGCUAGCUCGUUUGGCAAGGUGUUUAGGAAGGAGCCAGGAAACGAUUCGGGGGGCUCAGGUGGCCCCUCUGCACAUAGUCACGAAGAGGCUCAGACGGAUCAGGCCUCCAGACAGAGGCGCAAGAAGAAGAAGUUUAGACAAGAGGAUAUCUGUAAAAGCUUGCUGUAUGCUGUCAGCAACAAUAUUGGACAGAUUGCUUACAUGAACGCGGAAAAGUUCAAUCUAGACAGGAUAUACUUUGGCGGAGGUUUUCUGAGAGGGCACAAGGCGACCAUAUCGACGCUGAGCUACGCUAUCCGUUUCUGGUCCAAGGGCACCAAAAGAGCCUACUUUUUAAGGCACGAAGGUUACCUUGGCGCGAUCGGAGCUUGGAUACACCAAGUGGGACCGGCCGACCAGAACGCCGGAGCUGCAUCAAUCGCCAAGGUUGCGUCCACGGUAGGAGCAGAUGCGCCGCCACAAACUGCGGACACGGGAGAGCCACUCGCACAUUCUGACACGACGCAGACCUCUAUGCCCAGCGCAUCUUCCCAACGCACAAGAACAGGCUUGUGGACGCCUGCCCAAGCUAGCGAUGCGCAUCAGCAGCACGCUGCAGUCAACGGCAUCCCAUCUCCGGUUGUGGAAGUGGCAGAGCCGACACUUUCGAGGGACACACGUGUGCCGAUCCGGCCUUCAAGUGACGCCCUGUCAGAUUACACUAGCCCUCAAUCUAGCGCUGCUCUGCCUUCUCUGUUGGCAGAGGCGCUAGGCGAAGCGCCGCUGGAUGAACAUCAGGGCAACGUAGCUGGCGCGCUACCCCAUGCACAACGCGGGCAGCAGCCGAACGGCUCCGCGCCACACCCUGCGAACAAUGGCAGAUCUGCGCAAAAUGAAGGCGUUGUUGCUGCUAGCGAUGCUGUGGGCGACAGCGCUGACCUGCAAGCUCUCUUAUCCACACUCGCGGUCGAAGAUCGAGACAUUUUGCAACCUCUACUAUCGCAAGGAGCAGCGGCAUCUGCUCGCUCUGCUCAAACUGCGCAAAACGAAGAGGCGCAGAGCAUUGAAGAUAUGCAGGACCUGUUGAAGAGGAUAGAGGCGGCUGAUGGUGCGGUGGAUGGGCUGGAAGCUAGGCUGGACGGCUUUUUGAGCAGGCUGGACCAGAUACUGGAUAGUCAUUCGGAAUGAAAUCAUCGAGGAAGCGCAUGGCCAUGCUGUUGUCCGCAGUCCAAUGUGCUGGACUCUCCUCUACAGAUUGCACGCUUGGCCCAGGCUUUUCGAGUACCGCCUGCCUAAUACCUGAUCUGUGAAGCGUGAGGACGAGCUUCACCCAAAAUUCGAGUCUGAUGAGUGUGCAUAGAUGCUGCAUGCUAUUUGAGAUGAUAUUCAUCGCAAAUGGGGAUCAUGUAUUCGGGUACAUCUGUGGAGCGCGAGCUUCUUACCGCACGACACGCGGAUACGGCGUGGGUUUAAAUUCUGAUCGUGCA